AUGCCCCCAUUGGUUCCUGAAAAAAUAAAAAGUUCGAAGAAUAAAUAUGACUCUUUGCUAGAAGAACUUAAAGUGCUAUUAAGUGAAUAUUCUGCACCUGCGGUAAAUAUAAAGCACGAUAAAGAGAUAUACAUCUUAUUACAAAAGUUGAUACGUUAUAAUGUCCCAAAGCUUAGUAGAACACAAAGCAAUACAAAACAGUAUGUUGUGGUAUUUAAAGACUCGUUUAUUUCUGACUUAUGGGAUAUAAUAAAAAAAUUGAUCGAUGAGUUGUUAACCAGAGAUCAGAUACUCGCUUCAAUAAAAAGUAAACAAUUAUCCGAUAUCAAUAUGGUUUAUGUCACCUUCAAUCACAACGUUCAUUCCUUGGAGUAUUAUACAAAAGCUUUCCUCCCAAAAAUCUUCAAUAAUAUAGAAAGCAAAUCUUUUAGCAGCCUCGAAGAGUACGGUACUAUUCGAUUCUUUCAAAAGGUGUCUGAAAUCUUCAACUCAAACACAACCUCGAUAUUCAAAGACUUUAUGGUAGAAGCCUUUGAAUUCCCAAAGGAUCAGCAGUUCUUGAUACUAAAAAACCUUGUAGCUUAUGACCUGCCUUUAGAGCAAACUUCUGGGAAACUCUUACUGACGGACAUUGUUCAUGCCAAUAUAAAGCAGUUUGUCUAUGACCGGACACAUUUUGAAAAAGUUGAUACCCUUCAGAUUCAUAUCACAUUCUAUUGUGAAAAAUAUCCAAUCUUAUUGCAGUCAUUAAUAUCAAAUACCAUUGAUAAUCUUCUACUACGAUUCGAGUGCUUCGAAACUUUUUUUGACACCUGUAUGAAUGACCCAAUGACAAUAUUCUGCAUAUUACAAGAACUAGGAAAUAUGAUAAAAUACUAUUAUCCAUGGAGAAUAGAAGAGUACAAGUCUCUAGUUACUAAAACGGUAGUGAAAAUGAUCACUGAGCAAUACUUUACCUCAUUUGUCUCUUUUUACUCUUCAUCAUUAUCGCUGUCAGACAAUAAUCUAGCGAAUUCCCUAAAAGAUUUUGUUCUGGUAACUUUAAAUUCAGACAUAAAAAACAUUGAAAGAAUCGCAAAAUGGAUAUGCAAGAUUUCUGAAGAUUAUGACGGUAAUUCCUUAAAUAAGCUUAUUAAGGAGUUUUGCACAUUUCUAAACGAUGUUUUCGGAUCACAUUCAAAGUAUGAUAAAUUACUUUGGAAUAUCUACAAAAGAAAGUUCUUUCUUCGAUCCGUUAUUAAGACAGUUUCCCUUUCUGAUUAUACCGCAAAAUUAAACCAACGAUUUGAUCAACAGGUCAUCGAGAGCAAGUUCCUUGAUUCAGUUCAUACCUUUGAAAUUCGCCAACUUAAUGAGGAGAUAGUCUAUUCAUUGAAUAUAAAAAGAGCACCAUAUAUUGUUCCAAUAAUCUUGAAACAUGACAGUAUUUUAGACUCUUUGGACUCUUCUGAUAUUAAUGGUUUAAUUAUACCGGAGAUUCUCAAUGAUUUAUUAAAGGUUCAAAUACGUUUUUAUAUGGAAUUGGACAAGAAUAGCCAUAAGACACUAUCUAUUCAAAACCAUAUGAAUAUCAUAGAAUUGAAAAGCCCUUUCACAUUUGGUGUUUCAUCGACUCCUCUAAUACUUCUGGUAAACCUGUUACAAGCUUCGAUAUUCUGUCUUUUCAAUUAUGAUGUUCAUCUAUCACUUUCAGAUAUCAAAGCAAAAUUGACUGAAGAUAAGCAUGAAAUACCAUUAAUAGAUAGAAACAUGGAAAUGUUCCUGGAAAUGAAUGUGUUUAGGAAGGAUGAAAAUGACAAGUUUUAUUUAAACAAGAGAUAUAAGCCAAAAAAAGAGGCUUUAAAUGAUGAGAAGUUGAUAUUGUAUCACUUACCGAAAAUAUCGUCAACAGCUAUAGAAAAUGAUAAAGCGGAUAAUAAGUGGUACAAAGAAUUAGUGGGUGCAUGUAUAAUCCGAACUUUAAAACAAAGAAAAAAGUGCACGAAGACUAAACUCUUCGAAUUUGUAGCAGCAGAGUUUCCGGGCAUCAGCCAUGGCGAAUUCAAGGAUGCACUUGAAGGGUGUAAGAACUAUUAUACAUCUGAAAAUGGUAACAUACAGUACAUUUUAUAA